AUGGAAAAUGAAGCGUUUUAGAAAAGAUGUUGUGUAAAUAUUAAGUGUCCCCAUUGCGAAAAAGAUAUUAAAACAAAUGUAGACCAUGAAUGUGGAGUCAAUACAUGGCUAAUUUGUUUCUUUUUGUGUGUUUUGACUGCGUAUAUAGAUUAUAAGAUAAGAAUAGAUGUUGUUGUUUUAUACCUUUAUUGAGUAAUAAAUUCAAAGAUAUCAUUCACACAUGUCCUUAUUGUAAAAAUGAAGUCGGUAUUAAUGAAUUUGAAAUUUGCUGA